AUCGUAAUGAUAUACCUGAAUGAUACCCAGCUGUGUUCCAGAUUGUUUUACGUUUUGUCUGUGCUAUAUGUACUAAAUAUGGACCUGAAAGAAGUAAAUGGUUUACGCUGCUGGAAGUGUAUCGCUCACGACUGUGACCUUGACCCUGAAGAUAACUACAAGGCUACCAAGGUCGAUUGUAAAGGUGGAAACCAACAGUGUAUGAAAGUCCAGUACCGGAUGUUUGACAACGUCACGCAUUACGAUUCUGUGAUACGCACAUGUACUGACAGACCGUGUCACGUUACACGUAUGGACGAGUUUUUUAAGUGUAUAGGCACACCUAAGCAGUAUAUGAUUAGUGGAUGUACUCUACCAAACUUUACUGGCAAAGAGAAUGGCGUCACAGCGCGACAAAGAUUCUUAUCGAGUGUCACUUACGCGUAUACUUGGUCUGAAACGCUGUCAAUGUGUAUAUCAGUGAGCGGGUUACCCGGCUUGAAGUGUAUCGCUCACGACUGUGACCUUGAUCCUGAAGAUAACUACAAGGCUACCAAGGUGGACUGUAAAGGUGGAAACAAACAGUGUAUGGUACCCGUGCCAAACAAGCAACCAUAA